GAGCGCGCGCGGAUAUCUGUGACAGCAGGUGAAUUUCACGAGGACAAUAUCUGCAAUCACUUUGAAACAGGAUGUCAAGCAGCACUCAGAAGCACCGCACCUUCGUCAGCGAGCCCAUGGCAGGGAAACCGGUGACGGCGGUGCCAGGAAUCGGACCCACUCUGGGGAGGGAGCUGAACAGGGAGGGCAUCAGCAAGGCCUCUGGCCUCCUUGGUCAGUACCUGGUGCAUGACAGAAACCCGCAGAGCUUCAAUCAAUGGGUCAAACGCAGCAGUGGAGCAAACAGUCACCAGGCCAACGCUUGCACCCAGGCUAUGAAGGAGUGGACAGACAACAAUCUGUGAGGCCCCGCCCCCUUUACCUGAGAGGCACCUCAGCUGAUUAUGUGCUGAGCAUGAAUAAAACAUAAAUAAAGUUUGUGUG